ACGUAUAAUCCUGAGUGGUGCGUGUUAACCUAUAGCAGACGCAACGCAAGUGAGAGCUUACCCCGUGAGGUUCUUUACUGGUUUCUUCCCCUUUUUAUCGUAUUAUCUUCUGGAGUUCUUGUGAUUCUCGUUUCAUCUAAAAUUUUCUCCCAGUUACUUUCUUUGAUAGUUGAUGCCAGUGGCCCAGUGUAUAUUCUUACUUGUACAACUACAACUCCCUUUUUGCCGAUCACUCAACUUGGUGUGCAUGUUUCAGCCUAAGUUGCCCCAGUUUUCAUGAGACCAUGAGUAACACCAUGAGGCCAAGGAUGAAGGUUAUGUUUAAUUUGGUUUACGACAGAGGGUAGUAUAAGACUGAGGACUGAGGCUUAUAUUGUUCUUGUCCUACUAGUUAAGCCAGUUUGCAGCAAAAUAUCAUUGAUCUUGUUGUUCAAGAAAUGGAUUUGAUUGAGGGGAAGGGAAAGAAGGGCCUCAUCCUCAAGACUUGGGAGCGAUGCAGGUCUUUCGGUGGUAUUGGGUCAUCAAGACGUCGACAUGCAGCCAAGCUUAAGAGCAAGUCGUGGACAGGUUCUGCUGCAGCUUCAACCCGAGAAGCGGAUCCAAAGCGUGCUAAAAACCCUCGAGUUGCACCUGAGGGCUGCUUUUCGGUGUACGUUGGAGCCCAGAAACAAAGGUUCGUGAUCAAAACUGAGUGUUUAAACCAUCCUCUUCUCAAGAUGUUGCUUGAAGAAGCUGAAUCAGAGUAUGGUUACACUAAUGAUGGCCCUCUCGAACUUCCUUGUGAUGUUGAUCAUUUCGUCAAGGUGUUGGUGGAAAUGGACUGCGAUGAGAUUCAUCCAAGAUGCAGCUUUUCCAAGACCUACAGUUCCUAUCACCUUCUCCCUUCCCCCAGAUCGCUUGCCUUGAAUGACGUUUAAUCUGUAUACUCUUUGCUUUGCUUUGGUUUGGUUAGGUCUCUCGUGCACUUGAAAGACACUUCCUGCGCGUCAUGUAGAGAGACCUAAUUAAAUCAUCCCUUGUACCCUUGAGCGUUAACCAUGUCGCCAAAGAUCUUUUUCUUUAUGUAUUUUUCUGUCUUUUAUUAUAGGUGGUAAUGGUUUUCUUCUUCUGUUA